AUGGCCAAAACGAGAGGAGUCAAGACCCCAUCUCCAUCAGCCCACAACAAUACAUCGAGAGCCUCACUUGUACAAGACUCCAUGACUGAGCCUCAACAGCCACCCGCCAUGCAACCUUCUGAAUAUGGAGUGCCGCCUAGUCCUCCUCAGCGAAGAUAUCAGACCAAGAGACCACCCACUACACUAGGGGCAAACUCUUCACGUUCCAAGAAGUCAUCUAGUCGCCCUCCUAUGAAGAAAGCCAGAGUCUCAAGUCUAGUGGAGCCAUCAGAGCCUCCACAGCCUCAACCACCUACUAUAGAGUCUCAGAUUCCUUAUGGGAUGACUCCAGAAGUGAUUAUUAGGCGACCUAUGGUUACUCAGCCACCCAUGGAGGGAAAUUUGGAUUGCCGGGCUAGACCAUUCCAUUCUGAGCUAUGUUUUGACAGAGAGACUUUCAGACACCAGCCAGAGCUUAGAGAUUCAUUCCACUUACUUCAGAGGAGCCCCAGCUGGACCAGAGCAUCUAGAGAUACCACAGGACGAGCAGCCACAGCAGUACUCACACUGGAGGCCACGUCUUCUGCUCCUCCUACCACUCCUAGGACUCCGCCUGUUGUACCAGCUACAUCCGCGCCUCAUCCAUUUGAGUCUAGUAUCGCCAUAUCUAUUUCAGAGUUCAGAGGCCUAUGUCAUACUUUGCAGACAUUGACCGCUACUCAAAGCGUCCUUGCCCAGCAGAUGGCACUUGUACGUGCACAUCAGGAUCAGCUUAUCGCCACCCAAACCCAACAUACUGCUAUCCUUAGGCCGAUACAACAACAUUUGGGUAUUUUAUCGCCACCUGAGCCUAUAGAUCCAUCCCAGGAUGCUCCUCCAGCAGAGCAGACUAUGCCCCCUGAGGAGACGACUAUAGGAGAGAUCGAGACACCGAUCUCGAGUACUCAGACUUCCACAGCCGAGCCAUUGUCUCCACAUGAUCCUCCCACCACCACCUGA